AUGGGAAGCAUCAUCAAGAGUACUACUUCUACCACUGACGAUGAUGAACUCAAUCAGACCUUGUUGAUUCAAGAUUCGGCAAUAUUAUCCUCAGACGGCCUAGAAAAGAAGCAAUUAGUGAAAGAAGAGGAUGAUGAAGAGAGGGAUUUGAAAACAAGGGUGUGGAUUGAAUCGAAGAAGCUAUGGCACAUUGCGGGUCCUUCCAUAUUCAGCCGCUUAGCUUCUUACUCCACCAAUGUUAUCACCCAAUCCUUCGCUGGCCACCUCGGUGACAUUGAGCUCGCUUCCAUCUCCAUUGCCAGCAACGUCAUCGUCGGCUUCAAUUUCGGCCUAAUUCUAGGGAUGGCAAGUGCAUUGGAGACUCUAUGUGGGCAGGCAUUUGGGGCCAAGAGGUACCACAUGUUGGGAGUAUAUAUGCAGAGAUCAUGGAUUGUUCUAUUCUUGUGUUCUGUCUUGUUAUUGCCCCUAUACGUAUACGCAACCCCAAUUCUGAAGCUCAUGGGACAGCCUGAUAAAGUGGCGGAGCAAUCGGGGAUGGUGGCGCUUUGGUUCAUUCCAAUGCACUUCAGCUUUGUAUUUCAAUGCUCACUACAGAGGUUCUUGCAGAGCCAACUUAAGACAGCGGUCCUAGCAUGGGCCUCCUUGGCGGCUCUUGUGGUUCAUGUGAUUAUCAGUUGGCUUUUUGUAUAUCAGUUUAAGCUUGGGUUGGUUGGAACAGCUGUUGCUUUGGAUGUGUCUUGGUGGGUUUUCGUUCUUGGCCUUUUGGGGUAUACAGUGUGGGGUGGGUGUCCCCAAACUUGGACUGGUUUUUCCAUGCAAGCCUUCUCUGGCCUCUGGGAAUUUUUCAAGCUCUCUACUGCCUCGGGAGUCAUGCUUUGCUUGGAGAAUUGGUACUAUAGAAUAUUGAUAUUGAUGACUGGGAACUUGAAGAAUGCUACAAUAGCUGUGGAUGCAUUAUCCGUGUGUAUGGCGAUUAAUGGCUGGGAAAUGAUGAUUCCUCUUUCCUUCUUUGCUGCAACCGGAGUAAGGGUUGCCAACGAGCUAGGUGCAGGGAACGGAAAGGGAGCAAAAUUUGCAACAAAAGUGGUCGUGGCACAGUCCACAAUAAUCGGUGUCUUCUUUUGUGCACUUAUAAUGACAUUCCAUGACAAGAUUGCAUUGAUCCUCUCAUCGAGCAGCGACAUCCUCAGAGCAGUUGAUAAGCUUGCGUACCUCUUAGCUAUCACAAUUCUUCUCAACAGUGUUCAACCAAUUUUAUCAGGGGUGGCCGUUGGAUCAGGUUGGCAGUCGAAGGUUGCAUACAUAAAUUUAGGCUGCUACUACCUUAUUGGACUCCCCCUUGGAGUUGUUAUGGGUUGGGUCUUCCAUUUGGGUGUUGAGGGUAUCUGGGGUGGCAUGAUUUUCGGUGGAACUGCGGUACAGACGGCAAUAUUGAUCAUUAUAACAACACAAAGCGAUUGGGAAAUGGAGGCUGAGAAAGCUACCAUGCAUGUUCAAAAGUGGUCAACUCCGAAACAAGAUAAUCUAUCAUAA